AUGGUGGGCCGACUAAAAUCCUCAACGGUGGCCUCUAGCAGUCGGGGCGGCGGUGGUCUCCGCCGCACCAAGAAGGGGAUCAAUCUCAGUCGCAAGCAGGUGUUUGAGGCACAGCAGAAGAUAUGGAGGCAGAAGGAACGCACUAUGAAGGAGGAGGCGAAGGCUGCCAAGCGGGAGAAACUGGCGCAAAUUCAAAAGCUCAAGAACAAGAGCGUCCACCACGUCUUCGACCGAACGACACUGCAUGCCGUGCAAGGUGGUCUCACUAGCGCCAUCGAGAUGCUCGGAGAGAAGGUCAGUUCGCUUUCCCUCUUCAUCAGCGCCUUUACCGCACUGUCCAAGGCGCCAGACCAGCGCCACGUGCCGUACAUGUUGUCCAUCAUGGCUGCCUGCGUCCCACAGCUGACCCAAAGGGUGUUGCUGCAUCAGCUGCCGGCGUGCUUUGGCCUGUGCGACCAGCUGAUGGCGGAGUACGGGUCCAAUAGCACCCUCGUUGUCGCCAAGGCGUUGAAACUUGCCGUAACGGUUCUACUCACCAUCGAGUCCCCCACAGCGGAGCAGCUGCGGCUUCUCGAGAAGCUGGAACCGAGCAAGCUGCAGACGGAGGCCAUGAAACUCUACCUUUCCAGCUUUCGCAAGGUGCUGGAGACGAGCGCUCUCUGCGCGCGCGACGUUGGAGGCCCCAGUCGACGCAAAGAUUCCUCCUCCGCUUUCUACAGCCUCAAUACUCGACAGCGCUUCUUCUGCGCCGGUCUGCCCAUCUUUGUGCGUGUGUGCUUGCGCAACCUCACCGAGACCACCACUGCCGUCAUGUCUGCCGUCCUGGCGGAGCUGACGUUGCUCUUUGACCGUACGCUUUCGCCCUACAUUGUCGAGUCGCAGGAGGGCCAGCGGUGCCUUGACGAGCUCUUGUCGGAGGAGCUGCUGUCCCUGCUGAAGCCGCUUCAUCAACAGUGCUGGGGAAUGACCAUGGAGCUACUUGCGACUAUCUUCAAGCGGAUGAGCUACCUGAAACGCGUGCAGCUUCCACCGCUGGAAGUCGCCAAGGUGCAGGCCGAGCAUGCGGCAAUUGUCGGUGAGAGCGCCAGCGCAGCACAGCACAGUCUCGAUCGCACGCGAACGUACAUUGCCUUCACAGAUCGAUUUCCGUCUGUGCCGUUCCUUGUUCGAGUGCUCAACAAGCUUCGCGUCAUGGAAGACGCCUCUCUUAAUGCUAAGGUGGAGCGCGUGCUCGUGGCGGUGGGGUCCUGCAUGUACAUGCGCGAGUUCACCGAGCUGCUCGACUUUGAUCCCCGGACCGCGUAUGAGGCGGAGAUGAGAACGGAAGAGGAUGCGGCGGAGAAGGCGGCGGCACUCUGGUCGACGAGCUACUUGCUGAACGUGUGGCGUCGCACUUCCUCCCACGACUCACUGCCGUUUUUUAUUCAGCACUUCUUCCCAUUAAUUCAGUUUUGCAGCAAAAUGGCCGUGGAGGCUGAGAAGGAGAAGCGUGUCGAGGAGUUUACGCGGUGGUCGGCUCUGCAAGCGCAAUACUGGCGUGUCGCCGCGGGCUUCUGUCAUUACCCAGUCGAGGUGACGCUGGAGUCAUUUCGCGAUCUGGCCAAGCAGCUGGUCAGCCUGCUCUCGAGUCCCGUCUUUGUGAACACGAGUGCGUCUGCGAUUCACGUGCUGUGCAGUGGCUACAACGCUCUGAGGCGCACCGAGCAGGAUGACGACGACGACGACGACCUCGACGACACGGAAGUCCUGCCCGACGACCUCCGUGGAGAAGUCCCUACGAGCAAGGCGGCGCAGCGUCAACAGCACCGCCUUCGCAAGGACGCGCUAGACGAGGACCUCUACAUCCUCUCCGUCACCGAUCCUGGGUGGAACCCACACCGCUACCACAACAUCACCCAAGCCUACUCCCAGCUUGUGUGCGACACCAUUUUCUCCAGGUUCAGUGCGAACAUUAUGCCAAAGCUAUGCAACACCUUUGAAAAGCACGAUUCCACGGCUGUCCUGCUGGCGAUCCAGAGCUUCUCGACUGUGUGCAACACAAAUGUCAUGACGACCAUUCUGGAUGGCAUUCUCAGCGUCAGCUCGAACAUCGCGGCGCAGACAGCGAGAAAUGAUGGCAGCAGCAGCAGCCGUAUCGGCAAGGCCGGCAACGCCCCUCUCAACUCUAAGCGCCGUGUCAUUUUGGAUAUUGCGUGCGCCGUGGUGCCACAGCUGUCGUCGGAACAUGUCAUGACUCUUUUCCGGGACCUCAUCGAGCCCAUCCUGAUGGACCCCACACCGGAAUCUCGGCUCCUGCAGAAGAAGGCGUACAAGCUUCUCUACGCCAUGUUUGAACACCGCAUUAAGGAUAUCUUUCCAGUGCUGCAGCGCAUUCUCGGGCUGCUCUCCAUCAGUCGCCAGCAUGUCACUAUCUCUGGUCUCAAGAUGCGCAUUCGCUGCCUUUCCUGGGCCCUCGACGCGUGCAAGAUGUACUACCCUGCCGAGCUGCUAGCUACCAUCCGCUCGCUCGUUGGUGAGGUGGUCCUCUUCUCGCGUGAGCGCUCGAGCGAGACGCGGGCGAUGACGAUGGAUGUGCUCGAGAAGAUGCAGCGCUACAUGACCGCCGCCGGCGCUCCGGUAAAUGCGCUGCUGCUCAUGGUGAUUGCCGGGCUCUCAGGCAAGACGCCGAUGAUGGUGUCAAGUACAGUAGUGUGCAUGGCGAAGGUGGUGUAUCUAACUCACAACCAGCUGCCAGAGGCGGACCUGCAGGCCGCCAUGGCCGUCGGAUUCCAACUCAUGGAGUCGAAGGAGGUCGAGGUGCGCACGGCGGCCGCUAUUUUCGCUCGGAUGGCGCUCAAGCUGACGAAGCGAAGUCCCGCCGUGAAGGCGGCCGUGGCCAAGUCGCUGCCAAAGCUCCUCUAUGCCAUCGCCCUCGUCACGUCCCAGCCGAGUGUGUCGAGCAACGCGCGCAUGCAGCUUCGUGUACUUCUGGAGAAGUGCUUGAAACGCUUCCCCAUUGAGCAGAUUGACCCUAUCUUCCCCCUUGGUAGCAAGAAUUUUCUUCGCUACACGCAGAAGAUGAUGAGGCGCGAGGAGAAAAAGUCCGAGAAAGAGCUGAAGAAGCGCAAGGAGAAGCAGCAAAACGAGUUUGACAAGCUUUUCAUUGGCGCUGCCAUGAACGCCGGGCGCGAGGAUGCAGCCGAGGAGGACCUGCUGGAGACCGGUGCACUGAGCAGCUUUGUUGCCAAACACACCGCACCAGUCUUUCAGGGCUUCGGCAGUGCCACCAUUACCGUUGGUGGUGAUAUGGACGACAAGGACGAUGAAUACGACAACAUGGUGCUUGACUUUCAGAGCGACGGAAAGCUGCGCAUCAUCAGCAAGGAGGAAAAGCGCGCGGAGGAGGCUCACAAGGCCCGCCAGGAAAUGGCUGAGCGGCUGCUGCGGCGGAGCAAGGGCCUAGUGAAUGCCUCUUCCUUGAACGACGAGGCGAGUGCGCGUCCAGGAAAGCGCUCGCGUGCAGAGGACGAGGACUUCACAAAUGAAGAGCUCACGCUGCGCUAUGGCAGUCGCGUCACGGAAGAUGCGGCUCAGAAGGCCACCGAAGUGUACAGAGGGGGCCGUGGCUCCGUUGGCCCCAGUGCGCUGCAGGUGGCGCGUCUGCGUGACCAGAAAGCGGCGAAGCGCGAGAUAAAACGCCAGCGUGUGGAGGAGGACAUUCGCAAGGGUGACGAGUUCCGCGGCACGGGGGACGGCGAUGUGAAACGUGGCAACAUUGACCCCUUCGCAUACGUGCCGCUUAACCGUCGUUACAUGAACCGCCGCAACGCCCGCCAUGCCGUGCACCGCUUCAAGGCUGUGACCAAUAAGCACCUGAAGGGCCACAAGGCAAAGGCCGCGAAGGAGGCAAGGGGCAAGUGA